GAUGCGUCUCAUCUCAGCGAAGAAGAAUCUGAUGUUGUUUUCCCAUUAGUUCCACCUCUGAAAAACGAGUUGAAGCCACCUGCUGCGCAGUUGAAUCCAAUCUGAGGUUUCUGCCUGGAAAUGUCGAGGUGUUGCAACCGAAAGAGGAGGAUCAUUGUUUGUUCUCGCAACAUUUUCGUGUUGCAACUGAAGGACGAGGGUGUUUCGUUCGUCAUUUUCAUUGCUCUUCUCAGCUUUCUCUUUCUCCUUCCUAACAUUACAUGUUUGACUGUUGUGUCCAAUACCUUGGCAAUAACAAUAAGUAAUCGGUCAUCUAGGAGCCUCAGUCUUCUUGUCAUUUUUUUCGCUGCCUUUGGUCCUAACCGGGAUAGGGUCUCUAACAACAUUACCUUUCAUGUUGUUGGGUGUGGCCGGAGCUUGAACUUUUUCUUUUUCUUUGGCAAAACCUUCCAUAAUUGA